AUGGAUGUGAUUUCGUACUGGACAGAAACUGGGGAGUUUACUCAGAGCACUUGGCUCAAAAUACUGCGGAUAAUUGGAAAAGAUGGCUUCACUCUUUGGGUGACUGUACCGUUCAUCUGGACAUUUGUGUUAUACUGGACAGUUGGAGGAUUGUAUCUGCUGAUGGAUAUCACUGAAAAGCCGGCUUUUCUGCGAAAGUACAAGAUCCAACCUGGAACAAAUGAGCCAAUGAACAGAGAGAAACUCACGAAAUUGCUGAAAACCGUGCUUUUCAAUCAAUUUGUCAUCGGUUUCCCGAUGGCGUUUCUUAAUUGGCACGUUAUGAAGGAGAGAGUGGACAUGAAUGUGGUGGAACUCUUUCCAUCACCGGCAAGAAUCCUCCUGGAUCUUAUCGUUUGUCUGCUUCUAAAUGAGAUUGGCUUCUACUAUAGUCACCGCUUGCUCCACAGUCGUCUGCUGUACAAGAUAAUCCAUAAGAAGCAUCACGAGUGGACAGCUCCGAUCGCCAUUUCAGCGAUGUACUGCAAUCCCAUUGAGCACACGUUCAGCAACCUUGUUCCGCCCUUCUUGGGCCUCUUCGUCAUGAGAAGCCACCCUGCGACAGCGUGGAUUUGGUUCAGCAUCGCCAUUAUGGGCACCUUGAAUGACCAUUCGGACUACCACUUCCCAUUGCUGCCCAGCCCAGAGGCGCAUGAUUUCCACCAUCUCAAGUUUAACAACUGCUACGGUGUUAUUGGACUGCUCGAUUGGCUGCACGGCACUGAUAAGAUGUUUAGGGCAUCGCGGGCGUUCGAUCGACACAAAAUCUCACUCACCAUUGCGUCGCAAAGGGAGAAGUUCCCAGACAUUGUGAAGAAGACUCUCUGA